UGCGAGGCGGCGUUGUCGUCUGUUUAGUUUAGUCACACACGCGAAGUACCACAUAAGUUAGCUAAUAGCUUAGCCAAGCAGCUCAGUUGAGAAGUGAUCUUGAUAGCCGGCACACCGUACAGUUACACACGGCGCACACGUGGUACUCGCGUCCAUCCCUUCUCCUCCGAAUCGUUUACCGAGCGAGUCCGCCGCUCGCUCGGCAAAGCGACGCCGCUGUCCGCCGAUCACUCCGUCGUCACCGGUCGCAUUCCGUGCCGUACCUUGCUUACUUCGGACCAUACGUAUUAUGUAAUACAAAAAUAAACAGAUACGUUGAAUACCAAGCAACCACGUGUAUGUACACACCGGCCGGCAUACCACCGGAAGUAUCCUCGCGACGCUCGGCAGUAUCCUGCUCUGGAUACGAGGACGAAGAGCGUCUUGACUCUGGUCGGUGACUGGAACUAGUCCCUUCCCAAUUUCCGACGGAUUCCACAUUUACCCAGGAUUUUAUGGAGGACGUGAAAUUUUGACAGUGUUUUUAUAGAAAUUCAAAAUUCUACCUGUUCAGUAUUUUACCGAAGUAAUUGUGUUUUGAAUAAUUAAGUGAAAUGUCGAAUUCCGUGGAGCAGCAGUUCAGCGAGCUUAAUUUAUCACAAGAAGAUCAUGAUCAAAUAUUUGAACAAGACGAUUCCCAAGAUCUAAGCCGAUCAUCCAAGGUCCUCAUCAGUGGGCUACCGCUGCACAUUCGUUUCGACAACAUCGACGCGCUGCUCUCGCAGUACGGCAACGUGCAACAUUGCGACAAAGCCAACUCGCGCGAUGCCAACACCCAAGCGGUGUUCAUAACCUUCGAGACCGCGGAGCAAGCGCAACAGGCCAUUAACGGUUUGAACGGUUAUGAGUUGGAGGGAAGUCGUAUGAAGGUGGAGGCGGCGGAGCAGAAUGCGCGCGGCGGACGGCGCGGACGGCCGGGCGGCGGCCGCGGCGGCGGCGGCGCCAGCGGCGGCGGAUCGCGGCCCACCGACUUCCCGCUGCGGCUGCUGGUGCAGAGCGACAUGGUGGGCGCCAUCAUCGGCCGCCAGGGCAGCACCAUCCGCCUCAUCACGCAGCAGAGCCGCGCCCGCGUCGACGUGCACCGCAAGGACAACGUCGGCUCCCUAGAGAAAGCCAUCACUAUCUACGGCAAUCCUGAAAACUGCACUAAUGCAUGCAAGAGAAUACUCGAGGUGAUGCAGCAGGAGGCCAACAACACAAAUAAAGGGGAAAUAUCGCUGAAAAUCCUAGCGCAUAAUAAUUUAAUUGGGCGCAUCAUUGGAAAAGGGGGCACUACGAUCAAGAGAAUUAUGCAGGAAACCGAUACAAAGAUCACAGUGUCCUCAAUUAACGAUAUCAACAGUUUCAACCUCGAGCGUAUCAUAACUGUGAAGGGAACCAUUGAAAAUAUGGCAAAGGCGGAGUCACAAAUUUCAGCAAAGUUGCGCCAGAGCUAUGAAAAUGAUUUGCAGGUGCUGGCGCCUCAAAGCAUAAUGUUCCCGGGCCUGCACCCCAUGGCGAUGAUGUCGACCGGGCGCGGCGGCUUCUGCGGCGCCACGCCGCCGUUCCCGCCGCCCAUCUACGCCCCCAUGGCCGGCCAGGGCGGCGCUCAGCAGGGCGCCGGAGACUCGCAGGCGGAACAGGAGACCACGUACCUGUACAUCCCUAACAACGCGGUGGGUGCCAUAAUCGGCACGAAGGGCUCUCACAUUCGCAACAUCAUCCGGUUCAGCAACGCGUCCGUCAAGAUCGCGCCCCUGGAGCAGGACAAGCAGGGCGAGGCCCAGAACAACGCCCAGCCGGAGCGCAAGGUCACCAUCGUGGGCAGCCCGGAGGCGCAAUGGAAGGCUCAAUACCUAAUUUUCGAGAAAAUGCGGGAGGAAGGGUUCAUGUCGGGCUCGGAUGACGUGCGGUUGACCGUGGAGAUCGUGGUGGCGUCGUCGCAGGUCGGGCGCAUCAUCGGCAAGGGCGGGCAGAACGUGCGCGAGCUGCAGCGCGUCACCGGCUCGCUCAUCAAGCUGCCCGAGCAGCCGCAGCAGCAGGGCCAGCCGCCGCAGGACCAUGACACCACCGUGCACAUCGUCGGCCCCUUCUACAGCGUCCAGUCGGCUCAGCGCCGCAUCCGAGCGAUGGUGGCGCAGGCGAGCGCGCCGGGCCGCCACCGCCGCGCCGCGCAGCCGCCGCCCGCGCAGCAGCAGUAAGCCGUCGCCCCACCCGCGCGCCCACAUGCCAUCUCACCCUCACCGCCUCACCGCCUCGACCCUCGCUCCACGCCAGCCGCGGCCGGCCUCGCCGACACAUCUGCCGAGUACCGCUGGUCGCCUCCACUCUGACUUCACGGUACUCACGUCGUAGCUAGAUAUAUUCAUAAUAAACUAUGAACAAGUUGCUGACUUGAUAGGUUCUACGAGAGUUGACUGACAGUUGCGCAGGCAGGCUGUGCUGUGUUGGCAACAUAUUGUGUCCAAAUGUUGUUGUUGAUAUUAUUGUAGUGAAUUGUAAUUAAUAACUAUUGAUAAAUCCAUAUUUUUACCCCGGGAUUAUAUAUGUUGAUGAUUAAUAUUUGAAUAUAUACUAUUCAUAUACACUAUUUUCUUAACGAUAUAGUGCCACUUAAGUAUAUGAAUCUAAUGCCGCGCAUAUAGUUUAUUGUUAUAGUUUUCAUACCAUGUUAUUCUGCUACAUUAUAAAAGAGUUGUCAUAUACCGCAAUAGUUAAUGAUUAUGUUCUCUAUACAUAUACACAUGUUGUUAACAAUAGCUAUAUUAUCACUCCAUUAUUAUACAAACGAGAAGUAAAUAUUUUGUUUUGUUAUAAAAUAAUAGAUUAAUCUGUUAUAAUCACUACACUGUUAAUAUUAUUUAAAGGGUGUGUGGGAUACAAACCGACUAGGAACGGAUAUAAACAUGAUAUGAUAUGGCUUUACCGAGGAGGCUCAAUGAAUGAACAGACAGAUGCUUUUGCGAGUAUAUUGUAAUGAUUUAAAACGAUACAGAAGUUGCAUUUGUGCAUGCAUGCAAAUAAGAAUGUUGUACAAUGAUUAUGAACGUGUGCGUUGGGUGCGAAGUAGUAAUCCAAAGAGAGGCCGCCGGCUCAGCGGGCCGGCAGCGACGCAGCCUUGACUAGACUAGACGCGCAGGGCGGCGCGUGGCCUCGGCGGCGCGCGCGCCCUGCCCUGCCACGGUGAUGAUAAAUCCACCUAUGAUGGAUAUAAAUAUUUUUGAUAUAAUAGUAAUUGUUGGAAAGUAAGGAUUAAACGUACGAGUUUUAAUUUGUAAGUGAUUUGUUGAUCGUUUUCUUUGUAAUUUUGUCUUUGUUAGCUUUAUGAUGUUUUCUUGUAUGAAACUAUGGUAAAAGAUUUUGAGAAUUUAGAAGACACCGUAGCGUUUAAUGGUGCCAGUGGAAGCGUAUUGUUUGAAUCUAUCGUGAUAUGUUUUAUUAUUGAAAUGUACGAUUUGUGUUACUAUUGUGCCAAGUGAGAUAUUUUAACUAUGAGAUAUUAAGAUUAAGUGAAUAAUAUCAAAAUUAAUGAAAGCUAAGAUAUUUAUAUUUAUAAUUGUGAUAAUAAUAUAUGGAAGUUUUGGCAAAAAGAAUGUUAACAUUCUUAUUUUCAUUUAGGUUGCUUUCUUUUAUCAACUAGAUAUAAUAUCCCAAAUGCAUUAAAAUAAUUUUCAUUUCAUUUUGUCUAAAAUAUUAUAACCUCCUGAACGCUGUUGCUAAAAGGUUUCUCCUAUGGUGAUAAGCCCAUGGUGACAAUGAACUAAAUUAUUAUCUUCCUAUUGGACAUAAUUCAUUUUGAUACAAAUAAUUUGUAAUGCUUCCACAUAUUAUUGAAAAUAAUCUCACAUUUGGCAUGGGCCCUUGUGGCGUUUCAGUAUUAUUUAGAACUGACGGUUUACACCGUGAGCGCGGUACUUAUCAUUAUCACGUACAAUGGUUCGAGAACUAUUUGAUUAAUCUCGUCGUGCCGCCUGAGGGAGCGGACGACAAGGUUUUCCCGUGCAUAGAUAGGCCGACUGUAAGUUAUGCUGAAACGUUAAAAGGUUGUAACAUUAGACUUACACAUCAGACAUGUAAUAAUAAAACACACCCUUGUACCACUAAGACUGUCUGCUAGGAGCUGCGCCCGCCUGCGCCGAGUGCAGGCACGCGUGCCCGAGGCGAGCGUGGCUCCCGAGAGCUUGGUAUAUGUAAAGUAUUCGCUUCCGUGUCAAAUACUUGUGUACGGUCGUCGACUUUACUUGAUUACUCACCGGUAACUUGUACAGUGAUACAGAAACCUCGAGCUCCACCAUCAAACCGGAGAGUAUUCGCAACUGACAUGUAAACCUUGGACUACAUAGCAUAUACAGCUAUAGCUAUUUAAUGUUAUCAAUUCAUUUGAUAUAGAGUUUACACAGUCUAGUAAUUAACGAAAGACUGACAAAUCAAUACAAAGUAUUGCUUGUUGGCACACCAAAAACAUCAGGACUUAGCCCAGUUAACAAUAGGAAGAAACUGACUGAUUGAGCUGGCAGUUCUUGCAAAGUAUGAAAACUAAUGAAUUCCGUGAAGGGCAGUGCAGUAGCGAGCAUUUGUAAAUACGUUGAUUGUGUUAAAGAGAAUAGGUAUUUGUUUUGUAUCUUUAUUUGCGCGCUGGUGUACAAUAAAAUGAUUAACCGGAGGAGUUCUCGUCUAGCUUGAGACACCGAGUCGCGUUGAUGGGACAGCAACAGUCGGUGCACACGCGGGCAGCGCGAACUGAGAACCGAAUGUCGCUAACUCAUCGACUGACCACAUAUUCACCGUGCUUGUACAUUACGGCACGCUUAACAAUUUACGAAGUUCCUUUGCCGGUAUUUAUUCAGAGGAAAAUGACAGCAUUAAUCAUACAUUCCAAUACAUGACAUCAGAGUUGUUAAGGGUGCUGACACAUUAUUUAGAAUUAAUAUCUAGGUGUAAUCUUUACUAGUCCCAUUACUUUUUCAUCAAAUUAUAUCGAGGAAAAACUAUUGAAACUAGUCAAGAAGAUGCCCACCUGCUAUAGGGCCAAAGAUAGAUCCCCGACUUUGCUUUAUCCGUAGUUGUUUGGCCUUUUCGUGUUUUUGUGUGGUGUCGUGCAAACUUCUGCUCGGCAAAAGUUUGGAUACGUUCAAUCUGCCGAAAUGUAAAAUAAUUCAUGUUUAUUGGUGACUCGAUUUACCUAAUAAGGAUUUGUAAUCUAAAUUGACUACAAAAUUCAAAAUGCAAAAUUAUUAGUCAUGGUGUUAGGUCAGUUUAUACUUCAAUGUAACACAUCCCAUUGUAGGGAAAUGUAUGCAUUCUCAAUGUUGCUGUUAAUUAUGUGUUGAUUCGAUAACGUUCAUCUUGGUGUAACAUUCACAUCAUCAUAAUAAUAAAUACACAAGUAUUGUUCAUAUUAUUAUAAUUAUACUGGACAAAAGAUAUCGGUCGCUCAUGCGACAUGCGGCGCGGGCGCGUCAGGCCACGCGGUUGGACGCCGGCGCCCCGCCACAAGACGCAUCGGCGGCAGCGACCCAUCGGAGUAAAUGUACGGUUACUUUCACGACAGGAAAAGUGUACAUAUACAGGCAUGUUGUUUAUUCCUUCCAAAUAUAAAAAGAGGGUACAUUAUGAUUUGUAAUGUGUUAGGCUGCAGAAAUAGUUUUAGUUGAUUAAUUGUAUCGUUGUGAAGUAGUGUUAAGUUGAGUAUGACGCGGACGGCGCGCGGCGCGCGGCCCGAGACUGAACUACACCCCUGCCGCACGCGCCGGCGCGUCCAUUACUUUACAUGUCAUUCUUGCUAUUGAUAUACAGCGUCAUCCUUGUUCGAUGGUUCUACUGUUAUUUACAUAUUUUCUUUCUCAUGUGUGUGUAAUCACUGUUUUGUGCAUUUGGUGUGUGAUCGACAGAAUUACCAAUUUCAUUUAUGUGCAUGAUUGUAUUUUAUAAAUAAAGUCUGUGAAUGGAAUAAUACAAUUUUAUUAUGAACGUUAUUUAGCGGAAAAAGUCGAGCACACAUUGCAUUUUGGUACCUAACUUAGUUUACAUAUUAUUACUGUAUUUGUUGUAACUUGGCGGGGAUGUGGAGCACUCAAUCUAUUGUUCGUAUGUUACACUCCCUUCAAUCUUAAUAUAUAUUGAUGUUCCAUCGAGUCUAUAGCUAAUAGUGUUUGUAUGUAUGUGAAUGUACGUACAUAGCCGGAGAGCGCCGCGCGGCGGCGGCGGCGACGGCGCUCUAGUAGAUAGAGAAGCUGUUAUUGUUGCUUCUGACAUAAACGUAUUAAGGUCCAAUAUACAUACAUUUUAUCAGUUAUAAACGUUCAAACAUCAGUGUUUGAACACAAAUUUCACCAAAAUUUUCUUUGAUUAUUGUUAUUUUUAGAACCAUUUUAAUUGGUAUAAGUUCUGAAACUAAUAACUACCUCAAUAUUACUAAAUGAAUAUGAUAAUUAUCUUUGUGCAUGUUUUUGGGAACUGACUUUGAAACGAAAAUUCAAUAUAGAUAAGAUUGCUAUUUUAAACAUAGUAACAGAAAAUUGUCAAAAUUAGGUUUCUUAUCGUAAUAAAAGUAAUGAAAAUUU